AUGGUCAAAUUUUCGACUACUACUACUACUACUACUACUACUACUACUACUACUACUACUACUACUACUACUACUACUACUACUACUACUACUACUACUACUACUACUACUACUACUACUACUACUACUACUACUACUACUACUACUACUACUACUACUACUACUACUACUACUACUACUACUACUACUACUACUACUACUACUACUACUACUACUACUACUACUACUACUACUACUACUACUACUACUACUACUACUACUACUACUACUACUACUACUACUACUACUACUACUACUACUACUACUACUACUACUACUACUACUACUACUACUACUACUACUACUACUACUACUACUACUACUACUACUACUACUACUACUACUACUACUACUACUACUACUACUACUACUACUACUACUACUACUACUACUACGAUGUGGUGUAUGUUACUUAUGUCGACAGAUAUAAGUAGUAUGAAACACUAA